UGAGGAAUUGAGUUUCCACUUCCAAUUCAAAGUUGUAAACAAAGAGAUGUAAACAAAGAUUAGGAUGGAAACAAGAACCAAAAAUAGACAUGGUCCAACAAGUUUAUGGAACGAUGGUUUUGACCGAACGUAUAUUUACGUUAUUCUUGAACACUUAGUCACUUGAAAUUGGUGAAAGAGCGGCUACCGGUGGCGGAGACCUUGACAUCUAUUUCAUGAGGUGAUUCCUGUUUGCCUUUUUAUCCUCCUAAAAUUGGCCUAUUUCUUUAUGGUUGGUUGCUUUAAUUUAAGGUCUCAUCAACGACAUUUGGGUUGACGUUUGCUCUUUUAGCUAAUUGGUCUAUAGAAUAUAUUCUUCACCUACGAAUUGAAUCAAUGUUUCGUGAUUAGGCUUGGUGAUGAUAGGUGUAAGCAUCUUUUAAUCCAACCUGACUUACUUUAAUGUUGUAACUGUUGUGAAAUUAUCAGCUGUAUGUGAUAUUCCGGUACCCCCAUCGAUGAGAUACUAUCAUGGAGUGCAAUUGGCAUGGGACACCCUCAAGUCAAACUACCACAAGCUAACUAGAGAGUUCGUCAUGAGCUGACAUAACCUGGCGGUACAUCUGCACCCCCUUGCUAGACUGCAAGCUAGGGAGCAAUGGUGGGUUGAUCAUUGUAACAGUUAUCUGGUCAUUUUAUAGACCGAUAGUUUUUUUUUUUUUUGCGCCUCCAUGUCCAGUGAAUUUGUUAUAUUUAUGUUUAGUGCUGAGGUGUAAGGAACCGGUUGGUGAACACUAGAGCUCUUUCUCUGUGAUGUAAGAUAGCAGGACUUAGCAUUAGCUGAGCAUUAUAAUGUUCAGUCCUACUCCCCAUUAUCAAAUCUAUCAUGGGAAUUGUUGUUGUUGUUCGGACUUAAGUCCUCUCGUGCUGGUCUUCCAUUAUAAUAACACCAUUCCGUUCUUCAUUGAAUCUGAUCCUUCAGUUAUGAAAACUGUAUUGGUUUUUAUAUUUUGUUUGAUUUAGACGAUUCUUGGCUUUAUGGUUUGUCUAUUGUUUCUCUCAAUUAUACUGAUUUCCAUUUCCCAAAAGUGCAUCAAUUCAUAGGUUUGAUACGAAAAGUUUAUAUGAAAUGGAAUUCUUGAGUAGCAAAAGUCCAGAAUCACAAUUGCAAUCAAAUGUGGUGGGACUUGGGAGCUUUUCCAGUUCUUCGCAAUUUUUAGGUCCCACUACUAUGUACGAAAUUCUGAUUUAACAUGUGUUUAUAUUAAGAAUUGUAAAAUCAUAUUAAAGAUACCGGAUAAGGCAAUGAGUGGAUAUUUUUUCUUAAAUAAUGCUUGCACUGUUUCAAAUCAAGAAAAGUGGCUAUGAACUAAUUACCAUGAAUGUCACACACAACAAGUAUAAUAAAAGUUACUUUCAAACCAUACACGAACUACCUAGAAAACCCCAAAUAAUUUAAAAAUUCAAAUAAAUUGCUUAUCAUAAAUAAUAAUAAAAAAUCAUCCGACCAAUGGGUCGGGUAAAAGCUAGUAUUAUUUAUGAAACACAAGGCACGGCACGGGUUUGGGCCGGUGGACGGUUUGAAGUUUGAACUGCUGGGCCUGAAACCCUCCGAAGCUCUUCUGAGUGUUCAUUUUCAUUUUCUUCCCCUUUCCCACCAAAUUUGUGUCCUUUACUCUGUCAAACCAAGCAAUUCGGCUGUGAAGUGUUGAAGAUGAUCAAUGGCACUCACCAGAGGACUAAAGUCAUCUGCAGCUCUCAUAUCUUGGAAACCGACCGGCAGGCUUCAGCAAACCCUAGCUGGAUGCGUGGAGCUCACCGGCCUGGGCCUUCACUCCGGCAAGUCAUCCAAGGUAAUGAUAUCGCCGGAGUUCGCCAGGAAAGGGAGGUAUUUCGAUUGCAAUUCUAAUUGCUCCAUUCCCGCGUCAAUCGAUUUCGCGUUACGCCCUUCUCCUCUCAGCACCACUCUUUCCAAGGACGGGGUUCAAGUUCGGACGGUGGAGCACUUGCUCUCGGCUCUCGAAGCCACAGGCGUCGACAACUGCAGGAUUCAGAUCCACAGUUUGGACUCUGAUGAUUCCCAAGUUGAGAUUCCGAUACUCGAUGGUUCAUCCCGGCAGUGGGUUGAUUUGAUCCUAGAAGUCGGGUUGAGAGUAGCAGUAGAUGAAUGUGGUCGAUCUUGUGAACGAUUAGCUCCGCAUUUGAAUGAACCAUAUCAUGCCAGGGUCGAUGAUGCCUUCAUCGCUGCUUUCCCUUCUCCAGAGCUUCGCAUCACUUAUGGGAUCCACUUCCCUCAGGUUUCAGAAAUUGGCAGUCAGUGGGUCUCUUUUCCUCUCCUCGAUGAUUCUGUGUAUGUCCAACAAAUAGCUUCAUCGCGAACUUUUUGUCUGCUUGAGCAGGUUGAGCAGAUGCGGGAGGCAGGGCUAAUAAAAGGAGGAUCGUUGGAAAACGCCAUUGUUUGCAGUGCUAGUGAAGGUUGGUUGAAUGGACCUCUGCGUUUACCUGACGAACCUUGUCGCCACAAGGUGUUGGAUCUUAUCGGCGACCUAUCCCUUUGUGCAGGGUCUGGUAAUCAAGGUCUUCCCGUGGCGCACAUAGUUGCCUACAAGGGGGGACACGCGCUUCAUACGGAUUUUGCACGAGGACUGGCCAAAUCGUAGCUGACAAAAGCUAGCAGCUUCAGAUUCGUUUGGACCUGGAGGAGAUCCAGCCAAGUCUACAAUUUUGUGUCCCUCUAUCGGUGUAUCCAGUUGCCCUUAUUUUGUCAGUUUGGGCCGUGGAUAUCGUAGAAUAAUUCCUCGCAUAGUUAGUAAAAUAUGGUAAGGGAAAGUCACGUGUGUAAUACGUACGGGUACUUUACUUCAUCUCUAAACCAAAGUUACAUUUAAUAAUAUGUUAAUAGUCAU